AUGGCGGCGGCCACUGGUGGCCCUGCACCGGGGGCCAUCGCGCCCCUGGUCGGUACCAAGUGGCUCUCUUGCUACUACGUGACUAAGCACUCGUGGAAAGGCAAAUACCGACGCAUCUUUGCUAUCGGUGACUCUGCUGUCGCCACACUCAAUCCCAGCACCUUUGAAGAAACGAACAAGUGGGAGUACGCCACUGACUUUGUCAGUGUCACUCCCAGUCCCAAGGCAGAAAAUGAAAUUGCUGUCCUAGUGCGCAAGGAAAAGAAUAGCAAGAAAACGCAGACCCUCACCUUCAGCUGCGAGUUUCGCGUGCAGCUCCUCACAGACCUCCAGCGCCACCGACAAAAGUUUGCCCAUGAGCGACCCGUGAGCCCCGAUCCCGUCUUCAUUGCCAUGAAGCAUCACUGGAGCGAAAAACGCGUUGAAGUGCUCCUGGCUGUUCACGGCUCUUCUUUGUGCCAAACCGAUUCGGCUGGCAAAGUCAUUUGCUCUUAUGACUUUAAAGACAUUGAAGCCAUUUGUUUGAUGGAUCAGUACCCUGGUGGCUUUGUCAUCUUUACCGGUGGCUGGGGUCGCAUGCAUCUCUUUGCACUUGAAAAGCGCGAUGAGCUUCUCAAGAAGAUUUCGGAAAAUGCAGCGACUUAUACCGGCCUAACUUUGAAGGUCAAGAAGAAAAUGAUCACACUGAAACAGUUUCGGGACAAUCGUUUGGGCAAAUACAGCUCGGAUGUGGCUUUGACGUCCAUCUCUGAGUUCCACGUCAACAAGGCCUCCGCACGGCAUAAGGAUCCCGUGAACCGGGUAUUCUGCUUAUCAGAAACUUGCGUAGUGGAGCGCGAUCCUGAGACAUACGCAGUCGUGACCCUGCGUCCUCUGAUCUCGCUCUUUGCCAUUGUGCGAGAUACGCAAGAUCCGCAGAAGUUUCACAUGGAAUAUCUGAAUGGCCAUGUGCGGACAUACUUCAGCACUGAGCGUGACGCACUGCUUGCUUCCUUACUGGAUGGAGCUCGUGCGGCGGGCAAUUCGGUUGCAUGUGUACAGAUGCAGGUCACAGACCGUGGUGAGCGCUUCCAGCCCUUGAACGCCGCUCCCGAGGAGGAGGUUGAAAGCUCAUUGCUCAAGUUUCUGGCCAGUCCUGACGUUGGCAUGUCCUUUCAGCUGGCCGUGCGUCGCUUCAACAGCAACAUCAACUACAGCGGUCUGCGUCACGCUGUGACUGAGGAAGGCUGGUUCAAGGAAAACAAAGAAAAGCUGAUCAUGACAGCUUUAGCGGCACUUCUUGAGCGAGGAGACCGCUCCGACUCGCCUGAGCAUGUGGCGGGCGAAUUUGCGGCCAUCCGCCGCUUGGUGGCUUCGAAAGCCGGUUUCAAGGCAUUUACGGUUCUUGAAGGCUUCAAAGAGAAAGUGGGCCUCAAGGUUGUGAAAGCAUUGCAGCGGCAAGAUGCCGGCGUGGCGUAUGCUGCCAUGGACACGCUGUGCACGUUGAUGCAACCAAUGCACGACAAUUAUGAUUUGGGCCAGGAAAAGCUCAACAAAGAAUCACUCUUGAGCUCAACGGGUUUUUUGCAAAAGCUACUUGCAUUGCUCAAGCACCACGCCACCAACAACUCGGGGGCGCUAGUCGUGAGCAUGAUUCUCGACUUUUUUACCUUUGCCGUCUGCCCGCCGUAUAGCGAGACAACGGACGGUGCCCAGUUUGAUGGUUUGCUGAAACUGGUGGCUGACCUUGGACGGACUCUCUUCAAAUUGUUUGAGCACCCAUCCAUGGCCAUUGUGAAGGCGGCAGGGCUCAUCAUGAAGGCAGUGAUUGAGGAAGGAGACGAAGAGAUGUGUGCGUUGAUGCAACAACUUGCCUUGUCGGAGGGAGCUUUGCUUCGCCACCUUCACACGGCCCUUUUCACGGCGAGCAACGACGGCCGUCUGCUUUUGCACAAACAAUUGAGUCGACACCUAGUCGGCUUGUGGAUGGAGCAGAGUGACGUUGCCACCAAGAUGCUCCGCCGUGUUUUGCCGGCAGGCCUGGUUGAUGCUCUCAGGUCUGAGGAAAGGCCUGAAGAGAAAGAUAUUGACCGCGUCAACGUACGCGACGGAGAUCGCCAAGCACAGGUCAGAGCUUUAUACCCACCACGUCCCAGCUCAGCUGCAACUUCCUCAUCAUUGAAGCAUCGUACGCUGGGACCACAGAAACGAAAUGUCCUAUUGCACUGGCGCGCUCGUUCUCGCAAAAACCAAAGCGCUGGGCCCACUGUCCUACGCCGCCGGCGCCAACGCCUCCAUGUGGAAGCCAAUUGGGAUUACUUCUACUUCAUGUUCGACCGUGAUCAUUCACGAGCUGAUCUCCUGUGGAAUUUCAAAACUCGCGGCGAGCUCAAGGAGGCCAUCGAGCUCGAAAUUCGUGCAUUUGACGCCGACCGAGAUAUGCGCGGUGACUUUGUCAUUAGCUGGAAUCACCAAGAGUUUGAAGUGUUUUAUGAGAGCCUGUCUGAAGAAGUGAAGAUUGGUGAUCACUAUCUGCGGCUGCUGCUUGAGAAUGACCCCGACUCGAACAUUAUCCACAACGCUCCCGAAUUUUUCAGCGACCUUUACCAUCGCUUCCUUUUGACCACAAAGUCCAGCAUGAAGAGCAUGUGUCUCCAAGCUUUGGCUGUUGUUUACCGUCAAUGCCACAAUGAGAUUGGCCAUUUCAAUGACACUGAAUACAUUGUUCACAUGCUCAACCGCAGUGAGGAUCGAUUGGAGCGUGAUCGAUUGCUGCAAUUUUUGGAGACAUUGCUCGCCAAUGAUAAGAACGUCAAGUUGUUUAUUGACGCCGGGGGCAUCCGAUGCCUUGUCGAUUUGGUUGCCUUGGCCCACCUUGACGUGACGAGAGCCACGACGCAGUCACAAACGACCAUGAUUGAAGCAAGCGCCGAUCAGAUGGCACAAGAAGAAAAGGAGUGGUUCUACAGCUUGGGUAAGAACAACGGCAAGGAGGGGCCAUUUGGUCUGAAAGAAAUUGAACAGUUGUACAAAGACGGUGCUAUCAACAAGGAGACAAAGCUGUGGGCGCAAGGCUUGGAGGCUUGGCGCCCUAUGCGCCUGAUUCCUCAGCUCAAGUGGACCAUCAUUGCUGAGAAUUCAGCGCUUCUCACGCUGACGGACAUGGCUAUCUUGUGUUUGGACAUGCUGCAAAAGAUCUGCAGCUAUUACCCAAGCCGCGAUGCUUCUGGCGCCGUCAUCCGUCCACUGCCAAGAUGCAAACGCUCGCUAUCCGACCCGACUUGUCUCCCACACUUGGUGCAGCUCUUGCUAACCUUUGAGCCGCGCCUCGUGGAGCGCACUGCCAGCUUGCUCCAUGCCAUCUUUCAGGACAAUCCCGGCCUGUCUCGCUUGUACCUGUCGGGUGUUUUUUUCUUCAUUCUCAUGUACAUGGGAUCGAAUAUCGCACCCAUUGCCAAGUUUUUGCAAGCCACACAUAUGUAUCAAGCAUUUGGUCACGAGGAUGGCAGUCGCAGCAUUCUGGCAUCCAUGCUCCCCAAGGCAAUGGUGUGCUACUUGGAAAAUUAUGGCUGGGAAAAGUUUGCUUCGGUAUUUCUGGGCGAGUUUGACAACCCAGAGGUCAUUUGGGGCACCGAGAUGCGCCGCUCGUUGAUUGAGAAAAUUGCCCACCACCUGAACGACUUUACGCCGCGUCUCAAAGCCAACGUCCGCUCUCUCUAUCAGUUUGUACCAAUCCCUAAGGUGUCCUACCAUGAGCUGGAGGGCGAACUUUUUUGCAAUAUUUACUACCUUCGACAUCUUUGCGAUGAAGCUCGCUUCCCUAAUUGGCCGAUUCAGAACCACGUGCCAUUGCUUAAGGAGAUUCUUGAGGCUUGGGCCUUGGAAUGCGAGAAAAAGCCGCCGAGCCUGUCGAUUGAGCAGGCUUAUGAGACGCUUGGGCUGACGCCGGAAGCCGCACAAGACGCCAAAGCAGUGCGCAAAGCAUACCUGAAGAUGUCAAUGAAGUAUCACCCGGAUAAAAACCCAGAGGGGCGCGAGAUGUUUGAGCAAGUCAACAAGGCCUAUGAGUUUGUGACAGCCAAGGAGAACCGGUCCGUGGAUGGCCCGAACCCGGAAAACAUCUUCCUAAUUCUUCGUGCGCAAUCAAUCCUGUUCAAGCGCCAUGCGGACAUUCUCGAGCCAUACAAAUACGCAGGUUAUCCUAUGCUUGUACUGACCGUACAGCGCGAAACGCAAGAUGAAAACCUGUUCGCUUCCUCGAUUGCCGUACUUCGUGCUGCCUGCGAGCUGUGCCAUCACACUGUCAACUGCAGCGCACUCAAUGCUCAAGAACUCUUGCGUGAAGGUGGCUUGGAACAGCUUACUUCAGCUCUCGAGCGUUGCUCCUCUGUCCUUUCGCGCGUUUGUACAGAUGAUGAGCCUGCCGCUCAGGUGUGCACGCACAUAUUGCGCUGCUUUGCAGCUGCUGGCCGUUUCGAGGAGUGCAGGGAAAAGUUUGUUGAGCUUGCAGCCGUUGCGCGCGAAAUUUCGCGUUGCCUUUGGCUCUCGUCUGCUCCUCAGCUCUCGCAAGCCGCCCUGGAGUGUGUGUGUUCCUUCUCUCACAGUGAGAAGCUGCAAGAGCAAUUGUUCGCCACGGGCGUUGGCUUUCACCUUGUGAACCUACUAUUUGGCUAUGACUACACGCUGGAUAUGAGCGGCGUCGAAAAGAGCGAAGAAACGCACAAACAGGAGUUUACGAACCGCAAUGCCAAGGCUGGCGUGCGUGCGCUGGCAUGCCUUGGAGGCAGCAAACCGGAAGGUCCAGAUUCAACACCUCAGAACGUUGCGGUGCAAGAUGCCAUUGGCCGACUUAUCACGCCCUUCAUGUUGAACAUGCUCGCUGAUGAUGAUGCCGCACGUUUGCUCAAGACCUUUAAUACUAACACAGAGAACCCCUACCUGAUCUGGGACAACUCGACAAGAGCGGAGUUGAAGGACUUUGUGGAAGAUCAGCAAGAAGAAAUGGUGAAGACUGGGCAGAGUGAAGACCUUUGGGUUGAGAAGUUUGCCUUCUCAGCCCACAAGGAUGAGCUUAUUGUGGAUGACGUGUUUAUCCGCAUCUACAACGAGCAGCCGUCCUUUGUCAUUUUGCAGCCCAAGCGGUUUACUGCCGCUCUUCUCAAAUACAUUGGUGACACGGCGCAGUACGUUUGGUCUGCUGAUGCCAUGGCUACAACUAUUUCCAAGGAGGGCAUUUACAAACGAUUGGCGCAGGCGAUGAAUGCUCUCCGAAACUGCUUGCGAUCAAAUGCUGGCAUUGAGACGGAGUGCAAUGGCAACUACAAACUUUUGUUCUCCUUGCUCAAGCAGCAAGAAUCGCUUCCGUUGUCCAUGGCCACUCUGCAAGUGAUCUCAACCGUGGCUGUCAACCGUGCAUGCGUCAAAAACAUCUCUGACUCCAAGGUUCUUGUCUAUUUGCUCAUGUCUACGCACAAUCAGCCCGAAGGCCGGGAAAUUGCUCUAGAAGCUUUGCACUCGCUGAUCUCAGCUAGCAAGUGUACUGCCGAAGUGUAUGACUUUGGUGGCAUCAUUUACAUUCUCAACAUGUACUGUGGCAACAACCCCAUGUCUGUUCGGGAAGGUGCUGCCGCUCUAUUUUCCAAGAUGAUGUCUGACAAACUCAACGGCCCAAAGAUUCGUUUGGUGCUCCAAAAGUUUUUGCCUCCUAUUUUUAUGGAGGCAAUGAUGGACAGCGCCGAAACUAGUGUCACCAUGUUUGAAGGCCAGCACGAGAACCCAGAGCUGAUUUGGAAUGAUGAGGCCCGCGCGAAACUGCGCAGCCUUGUUGGCUCUCUCUGCCAAGAAAUUUUCGACAGCCAAUUUGCUAAUCCCGCAACAAACUGGGUGAUGCCUCCCGACUUUGAAGUGGCCUAUGAGAAGUUGCAAGGCGAAGUCGUCGUGGGUGGUGUUUUCUUGCGACUCUUGGAAAAGCAGCCGACUUGGUCUUUCCGAAAGCCAAAGGAAUUUUCCAAGGCCAUGAUGAGUCGAUACAUUUCUCUCAUCAGCCAAAGCGAACAAUCACAAUUGGAGGAGCUGGAUGUGGUCACCAAGGCCUUCACCGCUUUGCUCGCGGUGCAAACAGACAUCUGCAGUCAUAUCGCCCAACUCGGUUACUUCAACCGCUUCCUCAAGGGCAUUGCUACAGACAACCCCGUGGUCGCAAGCUCGGGCAUUUGCAUUUUGAACCAAUUCGCGAGCAAUCAAGCUUGUCUCCGUGGUCUUGCAGGCAUUGCAGAUGCCAUGGCCUCUUUUAAGCAAGCUUUCAUUUCCUGCACCAAGGCAACGUUGCCGCUCGCGUGCGAGUGUGCCAAGAAAAUUUUCGAGGCUCAAGCACCACCGUUUGUACAACAGGCACUCGAGACUGGCUUGAUCAAGCACAUGCUCAACCUCCUCAACACUGGUCUGAAUGAGGUGGAAGGCGCCACUGCUGCCAAAGCCAACCUUGUCAAGGCGCUCAAAGCAAUGGCAUUGGAUCUGGCUCGUGGUGAGGAAGUCACUGUUAUUUUGGACAAGUGCCCCUGGUGGGCUGCUUAUAAAGAUCAACGCCAUGAUCUUUUCAUCACAAACAACAAGGCGGCCGGCUAUCUGACUGGACCCACGGCCGCUGUGGCUGGCUAUUUGACGGCUGCCCCAGCCAACGCUGCUGCUGGAGAGACUAUGCCCCCACCACUUGAACAAGAGCAAGCAUCCUUGCGCCGAAGCCAAGCUGGAAACCCUGAUCUUUAGGAAAUGGUAGACGUCUCUCUUUAAAAAAAUGUCCAACCAAUUUAUCAAUCCAUGUCUC